GUUUCUGGGGAUAAUUUCACAGAACACAUAAAUUAGUUUUCUAUGUGUGUGUUUAGAGAUUGCUCGGCAAAAUAUAAUGGUAUUUUAAAAACAUACAUGCAGCCCGCGCUCUGCCGCUGCCGCCGUUGCCGCCCCCCUGCCGGCCAGCGUGGGAAGGAGUUGACGGUCGCCUUCGCCGCCGCUCUGGGGAGAAUGUCAAGCCAAGCCAAGGAGAAGCAGCAGAAGCGACUGGAGGAGCGAGCAGCCAUGGAUGCUGUGGAUGCUGCCAACAGGCUCGGAGACCCUCUGGAGGCUUUCCCAGUGUUCAAGAAACACGACAGAAACGGGUUGAAUGUCUCCAUUGAAUGUAAGGGAGUGUCUGGACUGGAGCCAGCCACCGUGGAUUGGGCCUUCGACCUGACCAAAACGCAUAUGCAAACCAUCUAUGAAGUGCAGUUGGAAAUCAAGGUGCGGCGGAAAGGCCUGGGGAAAUUCCCCAUACAGACCCUGCAGCUCACGGCCAACAGCACACAGAUGAAGGAGGUUAUGUUAACAGUAUUCAAAUACCAUCAUGGCGCCUACCAGUUCUUCAGAGAAGCGCUGCCGUUUGAAAUUGAUGACUCUUCCCCCAGGAUGUCCGGUGGCUGUGGGGAGGAUUGCUCCUAGGAGAUCCUGAGCCGGAGGACCAAGUUUGGGGACAGCCAGCACUCCCGCGCGGGUAGGCACUGCGGUGGUUGCUGCCACUGAACUCUCAGAGCCACUUUCAAGUCACAAUGCUCUCUCCUAAGGCCUUUCCUCUUUCCUGGUCUCGCCGUUUGUCAGGUGUCCUCAGAGCUGUGGCCUCCCCAGCCCUACACGGGCCAGGGGCACCCUGAGAGCACAGAACCCUGGGGAGAAGUGGUAUGAGCUGCUCCUCCUCUCCUAGGAGACCAGAGUGCUAGGAGGGAAAGAAAGAGGGAGGGAAGAGUGGGUGGGGCCUGGCAGUGAAGCU